UUUUUCCCAGCACAGAGGCAGGAAGUGGCGAGGGCGGGGCCGGCGCUGAAUGUCGGAGGCAGGAGCAGGCCUGCUCUGCUAAAAUGCUGCUCGAUUUGUCCGAGGAGCAUAAGGAGCACCUUGCCUUCCUACCGCAAGUGGAUAGCGCAGUGGUCGCCGAGUUCGGGAGGAUCGCGGUGGAGUUCCUCCGACGGGGAUCUAACCCGAAGAUCUACGAAGGCGCAGCCAGGAAACUCAAUGUGAGUAGUGACACUGUCCAGCAUGGUGUGGAAGGAUUGACAUACCUUCUUACUGAGAGCUCCAAGCUCAUGAUUUCUGAACUGGAUUUCCAAGACUCUGUUUUUGUCCUGGGAUUCUCUGAAGAACUGAAUAAAUUAUUGCUUCAGCUUUACCUGGACAACAGAAAGGAGAUCAGAACUAUUCUGAAUGAGUUGGCACCUCGUCUUCCCAGUUACCAUAGUCUUGAAUGGCGACUAGACAUACAACUUGCAAGCAGAAGUCUCCGGCAACAGAUUAAACCAGCAGUGACUCUAAAGCUGCACCUUGAUCAGAAUGGCGACCACAGCACCCAUCUUCUGCAGACAGACCCAGCUACCCUGCUUCAUUUGGUUCAGCAGCUGGAGCAAGCGUUGGAGGAAAUGAAGACAAGCCACUGCAGGAGAGUAGUCCGCAGCAUCAAGUAGCUCCAAGGUGCAGGUGGCGACCCAGGGAUGGCUGUAGUACAUCUGAAUUUCAUGGACUUUCUUUUCUGGUUCAGGAUGUUGAAUUCUUGAUUGAAAGCUAAAGUACAGUUCCUUUCUGGUGCUAAAUGCAGUCAGCUUCUUCACAAAUUGAGAAGUAUUUUGUAUUUUAAGUGUAUUAGUAAAAUGGACUUAACUAAAACGAAUC